GACUUGACCAGCAUUGAAACCAACAGUUUUAAACAUCCUCCCUCCUUUCCCUUAGUCGGUUGAAAAUGUAAUUGGAGCCUGGCCAUGGAUGCGGACUGGGACGAGGUCACCCGCAUCGCCUUCCCGGCGCCCGGCUCCAAUGACUACCCCCGACCGGCCACCGCCCUCGCCUUCGACAUCUUUGCUGAACUACUAUGGGCGGGCACCGACCGAGGCCGCGUGGUCUCGUUCUACCGCCGCGACCUGCAACGGUACACGGCCUUCAAGAUACACCCCCCAUCCGAGGGCCCCGUACGACAGUUCCUGUUCCAUGACAAAGGCGUGAUUGCCCUCGGCACCCGGAGCGUGCACAUGGCGAUGCGUAGGGGCCCUGCUCUGUGGAAUAUCCGGCACAAGGACAUGAAAGAUCUGCAAUGCAUGAGCUUCACCUCCAAGGGCGCCUCCGAAAUCAUCGUCGCCGGGCUUCAAGAUACCAUGUUCGUCAUCGAUGUCGUCAAGGGGGAGAUUGUCAAGCAGAAAAGCAAGUAUAUAUGUGCCGCCACCCGCACCGGCUGCGUCGACCUUCUCGAUCCCAUCACAUUCAAGAUCGUCCGCAGCUGGCAAGCCCACGCCUCGUACAUCAACGACAUGGACGCUCAGAACGAUUUUAUUGUUACCUGCGGAGGGUCUCUGAAGCAGCAGGCUGCCCAGACCUACAUGCUGGACCCAUACGUCAACGUCUUUGACCUGAAGAACAUGACUUCGAUGAAGCCGAUGCCGUUCCCGCCCCUGGCAGCCCACGUCAGACUGCACCCGAGGAUGCUUACCACGAGCAUCGUGACCUCCCAGCACGGCCAGAUGCACGUGGUCGAUAUCAUGAAUCCGAACACGAGCAAUGUGCGGUACGCGAAUGUCUUGUCGUUUGUCAACCUCUUCGAGAUGGCUCCGUCAGGCGAGGCCCUUGCCAUGGCCGACACCGAGUGCAACAUUCACCUUUGGGGAUCACCCUCCAAGAUCCACUUCACCGACAUGGCUAUUCCGAUCGACAUUCCAAAGCCGGAGGAGCCUGUCCCGAUGCUCGACUGGUCUUCAGAUACUCCUCUGAGUUCGGUCGGCAUGCCCUACUAUCGCGAACCGCUAUUCUCCGUCUGGCCUUCUGAUAUCAUCUCUGAUGUGGGAGCACCGCCGGUGCAGCUUGACCCGGGCUUCCUGUCGACGCUCAAGCAGACCGAGUGGGGUAUGUACGGCAGGAACACUCGGGGUCUGAGACGUAACCAGGUUGAGGAUACACGAACCUGUUCGAAACCUUCCAUGAAACCCCCCAAGUUCUUAAGCGAGAAGGCGCGAGAGUCGGCCAUGUCUUCUGGCGCUUCCGACUCUAAGGGGGAGCAGGCGCCCGAUCUGUUAUCGCCGGAUGAAAUCGAGAGCUUGAAGCCCGAGGCGCCGCCCAUGUAUCGGAACCUUGAGAUCAAGUAUAGCAAAUUUGGGGUCGACGACUUCGACUUUGGGUACUACAACAAGACGCCGUAUGCGGGUCUGGAGAACCACAUUCCAAACUCGUACGCGAAUUCGCUCUUGCAACUCAUGCACUAUACCCCGCUCUUGCGGAAUCUGGCCCUCCAACAUGCCGCAACCGCGUGCGUGACGGACCUGUGUCUCUUGUGCGAGUUGGGCUUCGUCUUUGACAUGUUGCAAAAAGCCGAAGGUUCCACCUGUCAAGCAACGAACUUGUUCAAGGCAUUGAGCGCCACCCCUCAAGCUGGGCCUCUGGGGCUGCUCGAGGAGGAAAGCCAUGUGCCAUCCCUGUCGACGAUGGCUCAAGGGUUGAGCAGGUUUCUCUUUGACAGGAUCAACCACGACUACCGGAGCAUAGCCCCGAUCUCCACCGCGCUAGAGCAGUCGCUCUUCGGUUUCCCACAGCCGCCCAGCAUGGACGAUUUGGUGUCGAAGGUCCUUGCGACAUCGGCCGUGGUUACCAUCAAAUGCAUGAAUUGUCGGAGCGAGACGCAGCGUCCCGGCACAGCGUACGUCAACGACUUGAUGUACCCGCCGCCAAAAGGCUCCAUUCGGGGCGGCAGGGCCCCCAAGACGACCUUCUCGCAGGUGCUCAAGAUGGGGGUCGAGCGAGAGACGGCAUCCAAGGGGUGGUGCAGCCGAUGCCAGCGGUAUCAGAACCUGCAGAUGCGCAAGACGAUCAAGAGCGUCCCUGCGGUGCUCGCCAUCAAUACGGCCAUUACUAGCCAAGAGCACAGGCGGCUCUGGUCGACGCCAGGCUGGCUGCCGGAGGAGAUUGGCAUCAUAGUAGAUCAGGGGCAGUUCUUCUGCUUCGAGGGCGAGGAUCUGAAGCUCCAUCUCCAACGCGGGAUCCAUAACAUCACGGUUUACUCGUUGAUCGGGAUGGUCGUUAACAUCGAGAGCACCUCGCCUCAAAAAUCGCACCUCGUGGGCGUGAUCAAUGUCGCACAUGCCGAAGCGACACCUUCGGGUGAGAGCAAGUGGCAUCUAUUCAACGACUUCUCGGUGCUGCCCACCUCAGCCGCAGAAGCCCUGACGUUCAACGCGGCAUGGAAGAUGCCCGCUAUCCUGCUGUUCCAGAUCAAGGCCGCGAACAACAAGUUCAACAUGGACUGGAAAACCAACUUGGACACGUCAGUACUGUACCGAGACCCGACGCCGCAGUCGGGGACGAAGACGUUCCGGGUGCUCGACCCGGAGACGGAGCGGCCAGGGCCGGAGACGAUAGUGGCGCUGGACACGGAGUUUGUCUCGCUGAAACAGCCCGAGAUCCAGAUGAACUCAGACGGCGAGAGGGAGACGAUCCGCCCCAUGUCGCACGCUCUCGCCAGAGUGUCGGUGGUGCGAGGCCAGGGCGAGCACGAAGGAGAGGCCUUCAUCGAUGAUUAUAUCGCCAUCCGCGAGCCUGUCGUCGACUACCUCACGCUGUACUCGGGCAUCACUGCCAGCGACCUCGACCCCCGCACCAGCAAGCACAACCUGGUGUCCCUCAAGGUCGCGUACAAGAAGCUCUGGGUGCUCCUCAACCUGGGAUGCAAGUUCCUCGGCCACGGGCUGCGGCAAGACUUCCGCGUCAUCAACAUCCAGGUGCCCCGGGCGCAGGUGAUCGACACGAUCCAGGUCUUCUUCCUCAAGUCGCGCCUGCGCAAGCUCUCGCUCGCCUUCCUGGCCUGGUACCUGCUCAAGGAGGACAUCCAGCUCGAGACGCACGACUCGAUCGAGGACGCGCGCACCGCGCUGAAGCUGUACCGCAAGUACCUCGAGUUCGAGGACGCCGGCAUCCUAGAAACCAUGCUGGAGGAUAUCUACAAGGCGGGAAGGGCCACCGGCUUCAAACCGCCGCGCAGGGACGACCAGGUCAUCCAGCGGACCGACACGCCGCCGGCCGCCGGCGCCGCCGAGGGGAACGGCAAUGGGGUCGCCCCUAUUACCAAAGUGAUGAUAUGGUUUGGUGAGAGGGACCAUUGA